AUGGCAUUCGUAUUCACCAAUUCUCAGCAAAGAAGACCUCCAUUUGAUGGCAGUUACCCACAACUUUCUGGGGCUGGAGCCAACCGAAGCUCUCUUGUCCUUGGCCUCCCAUCCCUCAACAAUUACAUUCCAACGUUGGCUGGCUACAACUGCCCAAACACCAACUACCAGCCCUCCGACGUCGCGAAGGCGUGUGUGAUAACCAUUCAGACGAUGUCGGAGGCAGCAAGAUUUCAAAAGAUUCAGGAUGCAGUUCCAAACAAUUUGGUUCCAAAUCCAGAAAUUCUAUCUUUAGAAAACAAUUGGGGUAGACUCUCCAGACAAGUUCAGCUAGCAGAGAGUAAUGGUGGACGAUUUACAUCUAACGUCACGCUUCAAGACCCAACCGGUGCUACGGUUAUGGUAUCGAACGUUAAUUCACCAUAUGUAAGAGGCAACAUUCGGUUGCUGCUGAACCAACAGAAUGCUCCAACUACCUCUGAACAUGAAAAUUAUGCUACAAUGUAA